AUGCUGUGGCACCAUAUCGGUCGUCGAUAUGUAUGUCGGCCAUUAUCUAUGCCCGUUGCUAUACGCAAUUUGAGUAUUCUACCCACGUCUUCCAGAACACUACGUCUCAUUCCGUUCAAACAUAGGUGCGUGUCAACACAUACUGAUUCGCAGAACUAUGAUCACUUCUUCCGCUAUACUCGCGGUAAGUGGUUACAGGAUGGAGAGAAAAGAUUUUUUGAAAGGUAUCAAGAGUUCAACGUCGAGGCACUCAAGGGCAUUGCGAUCGAAAGUGUCGGUGCUAAAUCUUGCUCUUCAAUGACCAAGAUAAGCGAAUCGGGUCGGCACAGAGUGUUCAAGCUGAUAGUGGAUAACGAUUCCGUUGCAAUUGCACGUAUAACCCUUCGAAACCUUUGUCCAGAUUCUAAAGCCACAGCUUCGAGGUGGCAACUAUGGAUUUCAACCAUUCUCAAAAUCCCGGUUCCUAAAGUCUAUGCUUGGAACGCAGAGUCCAAUAAUCCUGUUGCAACAGACUAUAUCAUAAUGGAAGAAGCACCUGAAAUAUCGCUGGUAGAUCGAAAUCGCGAAAGCUAUAAGGAAGUUGUGAUAAGAGAAGAACUUGUCACAGAGCUAGGCUCAAGACAAAAAUUCGUUGCUGAUAUAGUGGCCAUUGAGAAGAAGCUACUUUUUGUAGUCCUUAAACGUCAUGGUAGUAUCUACUUCACCGGUGACUGGUUUUCUGGAUGUGAAAAAGCAGAGGUUAUGAAUGACAUCCCCAUUGAAGUGAAGAAAGAAGUGGAAGAGCGUUUUGUAAUUCGUCCACGGGUAGAAAACACGUCACGGGAAGACGAGCUUUCAGCAUUGCGAAUCAACCACGGUCCCUGGAAAACUGCUCAUGAAUUUCUCAAAUCUCAAGCUAAUAAUUGGAUCAAAUGGUUGGGACAAAGUAAUCUUGCAGAAUCGCCAAAAAAGGAAGCAAUCUUCGACUCUCAACACUCUCCUAAUUUCUGGCCAUCCAUCGCUUUAUUAUUCCAGAAGAUGCAAGGAUGGCUCAGUCUAAUCUUUGGCAUACCAAUAUUAAUUCAAAGCAUGUUUUUGUCAAAGAUGACCAUAUCACUAACUAGUCUUAUUGAUUGGCAAUUCGCAUGGACUGGCCCCUUAUUCCUUCAAUUUGACGAUCCGAUUUUCACGAAGUACAAUCGUGCGAUGCAGUUGGCAAAUUUCGAGGAGAGUAGCCCGAUUGCACAUGACGGCCGCCGCAUCAGGCGCAUAGAUUGGGGAUUUUUCAGAAAGGAUGUCUACGAGUCAGAAAAUGCUGACCAGAGUCCUAUACUUAACAAAAUGAAAAAUGUGCCUGCUGCAGGUGUACGAAAAGAAAUUCUCGAUGAUGACUUCGAUACUUGGAAUGGAGACAUUAAAUUGGGAAAAAAUGGAAUUCAACAUUCCUGCCCGAUUCGUUUUACAAAAGAAGAGGUGCAAAACCACAUACAGGAGGUCAUGAUGUGGAGGGACGUCUACGAUUUCUGA